UUAGUAAAUACUUUUCAAAAAAAGAAAAUCAAAUUGAAAUAGUUGCAUUAUUUUGUAAAUCUCAAAAUGCUAAUAACUUAUAAGGUAAUACUCAUGAAAGUUUAUCAUUUGUUCAGUCAGAUGAUGCAACUGAUUCAACCGCUGUUAAUGAGUCGCCGUCUUUUACAGAGGAGCCUGGACCUUGUUGUUCAAGACAGUCUUUUCCAUCAAAAAAGGGAAGAAAAUUUAAACAAAGCUGGAAUGAAAAAUAUAAAUGGGUUUUACAUGAGCGCGAGAAAGAAAAAGUUUUUUGUUUUACCUGCAUCAAAGCUACCUAAAUGAAAAUGUCUUUACCUCGUAGUUCGAGAAAAAAAAGAUUCGUACGAAGCUUUUAUUUUAAACAGAUUUUCUAAUUGGAGGAAAGCGUUACAGAUUUUUGGUUCUCAUGAGCGAUCUGAACUCCAUAGAGCGUCCAUUAGUAUGAUAACCUCAGCAACACUGGAAUCGACCGUUAUCAAGCAGCUUAAUCAUCACCAAAAGAAAGAAAUGAUAGAUAAUUGUACGACGUUAUCAAAAAUAUUUACAACACUUCUUUAUUUGGAAACGCAAGGGCUUGCCAUUCGUAAGAAGGUUGAAAAUAAUUCAAACUUUCGCAUGCUACUGAAACUACGACCAGACGAUUCUCUGAAACUGAAGAAACUGUUAAAUCAUUCUGAAAAUUAAAAAUGGUUCUCGCCUGAAAUUGAAAACGAAAUCCUACAAGACUUUGCUCAUGCAACGCUUUGUAAGAUAUGCAAAAGUAUAAGGGAAUCACAACACUAUAGUUUGAUGGACGAUGAAAAAACGGAUAUGUCCGCAAAAGAAUAAGUUACGACCUGCAUUCGACGUGUUAAUGAAAAAUUUAAAAUUGAGGAGCUUUUUAUGGGAUUUUACCAAACCGAGAACAUCAAAAGCGCAACUUUGUUAAACAGUUGGAUGGACGUUUUGUGUCGAUUUAGCCUGUUAAUUCAAAAAGUUGGGGCCAAUGUUUAGACGGCUCGUCUAACAUGUCUGGAAGUAUCUAUGGAUUGCAAACUUUAAUGAGGGAGAAAGAAGAGUGGACAAUUUACGUGCACUGCCGCGCUUAUAAUCUCAACUUGGUUGCACAAGAUUCUGUUGCAAAUCAAACAGAGAUCAGGAAUAUAAUGAAUUUAGUACAAGCAUUUAUCGCAUUUUUCAGUGGAUCUCCAAAACGACUGGCAUGUUUCAAUAAAUUUCGAAAUGUAAAGGAUGUAGAAAGCGGAACAUCACUCCGGUCAUUUUGCUCCACUCGAUGGAUCCUUAGAAAACCAUCCAUUAUAUCUAUUACGAGUAACUACUCCGGCAUCAUCAACUGGUUAAAGGGUUUUGAAAAUCAUUCUGAUAAUUCAGCCAAAAAUAAAUCAGAAGUAACGGGUUAUCUGGAAUCUUUUUGUGAGUUUGACGCAUUUUUCAAAUUGGAAACUUUGCGCAUGAUUUUCACAAUAUUCGAGGAUGCUAAUACAGCUCUCCAAGGCAUGCAGCCUAAUUUUUGCAAAGCAAGAAAUACUUUCAACACGCUUAAGGAGGUGUUAAAAGACGCCCGGGGUGAUACUCGCUUCAAAGUCUUAUGGAAUGUAGCAGCAGAAUGUAGUUUACUUGACAAACCAGACAUGCCACGGAAACAUAAAAUUGCAUCAAAAUUUACUGGAAGUGGAGUUCCAUACUUUUUUACGACUCCAGAGAACCACUACCGCCAGCUUUUCUAUGCAUCCAUCGAUGAUGUUAUAAAGGGAUUUGUGACCCGUUUUGAACCAACUGAGACCACUGAACAUUUAGCAAAUGUAGAAAAAUUUAUCAUUAGUCAGUGCUUGGAAGUUGGAUUUGUUGAGGCUUGUUACAAAGAUGACUUUGAAGACUAUAGAAAACUACAACUCCAUUGCGAUAUAUUUGUGGAUCAUGCAAAAUUUAAGAACAUUCAACUAAAUGAUUUUGAAUCAGUUUUGAAUGAGCUGGUAGACCAUGAUAAUGUACUUUCUCACUUCAUUUCACUGAUUCCCGAGUUUGUGAAGCUGGUUUGUUCUCCUACUUCCAACUUACAAUCCAUUUUUUGCCAUCAAAAUAAGCUUUUCUUGUUCCAAUUUCAAUUGUUGCAACACAAGGUAUCGAUGAUAAUUUAAUCCGAGGUUAAAGAAUUUCAAUUUCCCAAUGCCAAUUUUCAGUUUAUCACACGACUUUAUUAAAUCCAUACCAAUGAUCACGUCGUACUUGUUUAUUACUUCAUCCACACAUAGCACCAAUGCAUUCACCAAGCACCCAUUUGUUGGGUGGUGUAUUUUAUUAACAACUUCUUCACAUCGAAUUAUUCCGCCGAUCGUUGCAACAUUCACUACACGAAUAACUUUAUAGUAAGUGUAACUUUUUGCUGAUGAUUGAUUGCAAAUGGAUUUAACAAUUUGCAGUUAAAACAUCGCAUUUCUUUCUUUCUCCGUAUAUCACUUGACAUUACAGUCCCAGUUGUUCGGUAAUUUGAAUUUACUUCUUCAUUUGCAGAUAAACAUGCCGCAUCUAAUCUAGUUGGUACAACCAGGGAUGCCGUCUCGACGCAAUUGUUAAAGCUUAACGCAUCUUCUCUUCGAAGAAUGGCAAGCAAAACAGCACCAUCAUUAGUCCCAAUAAUGAAAUGAUCCCAAAGUCUGCCGUCUCUCUCUGAAAGCUUGAACUUGCAUUCUUGAUCUGCUCGGAUUACUCGAUGCGCAAUCGUCUGUAUCGAUUCUUCAUUGCCACGAUACGUUUUCCAUAAUUAAUACCGUAAGAUUAACAAUGAUUUUCUAAUUUCCAACGUUUCCAGUUUCGUCACCAACUCUUCGUACGAAACGUCUUCUGGCAGUUCAGGUACUGUUAAUUCCUCCAUGGUCUUGUAAAUCUUCGACGGCAGAGCAGCAAGAAACUACGCUACGUGUAGAUCUGCAGUAAUAUUGUUUAUUACAAAAAAAAGAAGUCAUCUGCUGAAUAAAUCGCUUUGGCUGUUCAUUUUUAUAUUGUGGAGAUAAAAGACACGCCCGGUUAGCUUGUUGUUCAACCCAUUUAGAAACUAUUUUGUUUUUAAUGUUUUUAUUGUUUAUCAUUAACCUCAACGUUUUUACAAAAAAAUUGUUUGCUAUAUAUAGCAUUUAAAAGUACAACUUGUGACUCUUGUCAACAAUUAAUGGUCGUUAUACAAAACGUUAUAAUAAUAAAACUAUGCAGCGUUUGACUUCUGUCAAUAAUUGGCAAAGCUAAUUAUUAACAAAUUAUUGAUGCACAUUAAAAUUACAACACAAACCACUUGUAUUACCACUUGUAGCAGCUGCUGCAGCUUGAUUACCACUUGUAGCAGCUGAAAAUGUAACUAAAGAUUAACAAAGUUGUAUUAAAAAAAAUAUUGCAAUUGCUAAGAAAUGCAUAAACAUAUUGAAAAGUAAUAGUUUGUAAACAUAUCAUUUAUA